AUGGUCAUUCAACAUUUUCAGUUAUAAAAUCUAUAGAUGUUCAUUUACAUAAUCAAACUCAAUCCUAAUUUUAAUAUGAGCAUAAUAAAUAUUCUUUUUUUAUUGUUAAAAAGUUAAUAAUAAUCUCAAAUAGUUUUUACAGCAGAAUUAAAUAAACAAUUACAUUAUGUUUAUUAGAUUUAACUAUGGCAAUUACUCUUCAAUUAAUAUUUGGCAAAUAAUUUCAACAUUCUAUGA